CAAAUCCAUGAGGGGGAAAACAAGUCGAAAGAAUAGAUGGCGCACAUAAAGUAGAGAUAAAUAAACCGAGUCUCCAAUGCUGGAGUUGCGCUUGUAACUACAGAGUAAUUACUGUAAGGAGGACGAUCAUGACUUGUGCUGAAGACAGAGAUCGAGUAUUUGUCGAUGGAAAGUUUUUCUGAGUUUCUGUUGUCACAUCAGACUGAAACAAUCCAGUCUGAGAAGUUCUUUUGCGACCGAAGAAGGCAAGGCAUUUACUAUCAGAUUAUGCCAACGAUGGCAGAAAAGCCGAAAUCUAUCAUGGUAACAGCGUUCGUGUGAAUCCACGAUCCUUUUUCAUGGCUUCGCAAUAUUUGUCGAUGGGAACUUCUUUUGAGUUUCUGUUGUCACAUUACACUGAAAAAUUCCAAUGGAGAAGAUCUUCUGCGACCGAAGAAGUCAAGGCCUUUUCUGCCCAAAGCGGCAGAAAGGCCUUCACUUUUCAGAGUCCCAUAUCAAUCCGAGCUUCCCUUCCCGAGAGAGAAGCCCCACCGAUUGCAAAUAACGCGGGAAAAAAUUAGAUAUCCUCUUGUGAGUGACACCUCCGAAUAGUGACAUAAAACCCUAGAACGGUCAUGUGUCACUAUUGGGAGGUUUAACUCUGUAGCACUAAACAGAAAGUCGCAAUUGAAGACCGUCUAACAGUAGGAUCAUCCUUACUCUUGCAAAUGCAGUCACUACGAGCCUUCGUAAUCAAUUCUUAGCAGAGAUGUUGAGGAUUUCUUGCCUGUGUAACGAAGGUUGUUUAUAGGACCUCCUGUAUUGUUGCUGGUAUCCCCAACGGGGAUCCAUUGGAUCUACACCGGGGCAUUGAUGCCCGCUUGAUCCAUUUCUCUUCUGGUUUGCGCUCCCUUCAUUGAGCUAGUUGGUGCGAAGACUGGAAAUCAUCCCUCUAGCCCUCCCGUGCUUGCUUCUGUGGCAAUCCUUGAGCCCCACUAGCUCCGCUGUUUCGUGAGUUGAGGAGAAAAGAGCUGGACGUUUCUUUCCCCAUUUUUUCUACUUCCGUCACUUGCCUUAUGUCUCCUGCAUCUCGAUGCUUUUGAUUGUGAUUUUCCGUCAUCUGCUAAGGGCAGUCGUUUCCUCACUUCUGCUCUACAGCUCCCUCCUUUCUUCCUCCUCCUGCCGCUCUUUAGAGCAUUUAAUUCAGUCAUUCCAGCUGUAGGCUUUUGCAGUCCGUGGGGAUCAACAACUUUUACUUGAGUAAGCUCACACAUGAUCACAAAAUAAAGUCUCCAAUAUCUACAGUACAAAAUUAGUCAAGCUGCAACAAUGAAGAUGUGUUCUUCCUGCAAAACCUGAUACCCAGUCUCCUCAUUCACGCAGCCUUGCAAAUAGUCAACCUGCCAUCGGACGGUUAUCACUACACUCUUGCAAGUCAUAGACUUGAAACACAGUGUCCUCUUCGAAUCUUGGAGAUCAGCUCAAUUCGAGAUUCCCGAAGGACCUUGAACUGCAUGAUAAAUCCCGGUGACCGUCGACACUGAUAUACGAGUAGCGAACACUUGAGUGAAACAAGUUGCUGUAAUUGAAGUCGUGAUUUGCUGUACGCGACCUCACGAUACAAGGUCCGGUUAACGCCCUUGAAUUGCAUGGCUCGGCGUAGUCUUCGAUUGGAGGCUGAAAAUCACAUUGGUGUCCUUGAGCUUUGAGAGAGUUCUGAGUGUUGAGAGCUCGUCCGCCUCCGGCUGAUAUCGUGGUAGAAUUUUAACAAAUUCUAAGGCCGAAUUGUGUCCUGGGUGUCUUCAAAACUCGCAUACUUCGGGAUUCCAGAGCUCUACUGCGAAACAAAGAAUUUCUGCUACAGAGAACUGGAUGACAAAUUUCCGUGACAGGUUGCUAACGCCGACACGAGAUUGUAACAGUUGCAUUGCGGUUCGAACUGAGUCUAUACCGCGAGAUUUCAAUGCUGUGGACACAGCACCGAAUUUCGCUGUCCUGCGUGCUUCCAACGCAUAACAGGCAAAGGAGCCGUCGGAUAAGCUUGAAGGAAUUUGCAGUCCAAAAGAGUUUUGUGAGCAGGUAUUGAGGAAAUUGUGACCAAUUCUGUGAUAAUAAAAUAGUGCAUGUAGUCAGAUUGGAGAGCCGUUCCACGCAAUCUUCGAGUACCCAUGCUGAUGCAUCUUCCAACCUCCACUUUCCUGCGUCUGACUAGGGUAGAAUGAAAUGAGUUGUGAGGAGAACAACUGCACACCGAUUUUUAGGAUUUCAGCAAUUAAAUAGCCCCGGAUCAGAAAUCUACUCGGGCAGCCUUGCAUCUAGCCUUCAAGUGCGAAUCGAGGAAGAAAAGGUGUUCACAUUCUGAAUCCCCGCACAAUGCAGCAUUCAUGCCGGAAGUUAAUCCAAAACAUUAAGGCAAGCUCUGGAAAUCCACGUCACUGGCAAGGGUAGACGGCAUUUGAUUAAGAUCCACCAUAAUGCCCUGCACGAGGAUCUGAAUCUAAUUGAGCAGAACCGUGAUCUCACCCGAAGAGCAAAAUGGCCGAUAAAGAUCCGUUCAAGGCCUCAGACUCGUACCAGCAAAAUACCUUGUCUCGGAGGGAACUUAUCGAAAAGUCUCAUGAAGCGGCCAGGAUCAUGGGGGAAAUGCUGGGGCAAGAAGGCCAGUUCCACGCUGCAGGAGCCGCCUAUGGACAGCAUUCGGCGUUGCCCCUGCCCAAAACAGACGAAAAACCUCAGGAGAUCAAAUUCUUCCUGAGGAAUAAGAAAACAGCGGCCCCGGAAGCAGCCCCAGAACCGCCCCAACCUGCUGCUGCUGUCGAGCAGACAGAUUAUGACCUAGGGGAUCAAGAAGCAGAUGUUCCUUUCGAUGAUGGAUACGGUGGGUACUAUGGGUCUGACUGGGAGAAUUCCGCCUACCCCGAGGUGGAGCAAGAGGAAUUGAUAACUGACAUUCUUCAGCAAAGACUCGCAUUUCUGUACAUGGCUUUCCAGCCCCCUGAACCCGUAGAAGGCCCGGCAGAUACUCUGUUCAUCGUCAGCAAGUUCAAAGGUUCAGGAGAAAACGAUCGAGCUCUCGUUCGAGCUCACUCACAAGUUCUCCAAAGAUACAACGAUGCUUUCAAUGAGUUGAUCGGCUAUCGGCGCCCCGUCGUUCCGGAUCCAGACGAGGGCGAAGCGGAAGAUUUCGAAAUGACCAUCGUUCGGGACGAACCUGCAGAGAGAAGGGGCUCUGCAUUCGAGAUGAUCCAGAAUCUGGGCCAAGAGCGGCAGGAGAAAUGGGGCAAAGCUGUGACAGAAUUCGAAGAGCAAAAUCAAGGAGAGGAGCAACAACUGGAGAAUGAAUGGGGAAAACCUGACGCCUAUCUGCCUCAGGCCGACGAGGAACCUGCACAGGAACCCAGUUACGGUGCAAGAGGGAGUGUCUACUUCAAGGAGGACGAAUUUCUACAAGGCAAGCGAGCAAGGCAGAGCGUGACCUUUGCGGAGCCGCCGGCCAGGAGGCCGAGCCAAGCCUUCACGGCCGACGGGCUGAUGGAUUUGGGGCUAGAGAGUGUCAUCGGCAACUUGCAAGACUCUCAUAAACCCUUGCUGGUGAAAGAAUUCCUGGACGCCAGCGAGAAUCUCGUCAAGCUUCCCGGAUGGGAACACUUACCUCCCGAUGUCAAGCAGUCGUUCGAGAAGUUUGCCGUGUCGGUGGGAAAAUUCAGGAAUCCAGCUGCCGAUGAAGCGGCGAAGGCGGUGGAGCUCGAGUACAGCACGCUGGACGGAGGCGGAGGGCUGGAGAGCAAUUUCUUGGGAAUGGUCGGAAGGCGACAGAGCAAGCAAAUGGCCGGCAUUCUGAACAGCAUCUCGCAGGGCGUGGCCGAGAGGAAGAAGAGCACCAUGAUGAUCGCUCAAGCCAAGAGCGACGAGAUCCUGGGCACGGGCAAGGACGUGUCGGCGACGGCGCCUCGCACCGAGCUCGAGCGCAGGAAGAGCGCGGCGUACCUCGAGAAUCAGGAGAAGCGCAAGAGCAUCGCGGCCCUCGAGCCCCGCAAGAGCAUUGCGCUGAUCGCUACUCAGGACCGGCGCAUCAGCCCCAGCUUCCUCGAGCGGCGCCAAAGCAAGGCGCUACUGGCGACAGCGCGGCGCGAGAGCGCCAAGUUCGAGGCCGACGAUCUGCAGGCCCGGCGCCGCACAAGCCAUGCCGCCGUGGCCGCAUUCGAGCGCCGGAAACGCAUGUCGGUGCUGGAGAACGCGAGCACGGCCGAGCUGAAAUGCGGCCCGGGCUUCGACGGCGGCUGGAGCGGCAGCCAGAAGGUUCUCCCGGCGGCGAAGGACGCCGGCGCCAUCAGCGCCGGCAGCCUCGGGCUCGUAUCCGGCACCUCCGAAGUGGCCACCGAAGGGACCGACGCUCGCGCCCGCCGCAUCGGCUCGGUGGUUCUCGACGGCGCGGCGCGACGGCGGAGCAGCGUCGGGUUCCUCGAGCGCAAGGGGAGCAAGGCGCUGCUGGAAAUGAAGGACAAGGAGCGCGAGCGCCGGGCGUCGGAAAACGCCCCUCGCCCGCCGGAGCGGCGCCCGAGCCGGCCACCACCGCUGACGAGCAGCCGCGAGCAGGACCGGCCGUCCAUCGUUAAGUUCUACGAGGACGAGGACGAGGACAUAUACGCCACGUCGUCCUCGUCCAGCGCGGAGCCCGAGCCCCCGCCGCCGCUGCCCGCAGACGUGCAAUACGUCAUCGAGAAGCGGCACUGGACGCCGGAUAUUCUGCACGCCAUUCUGGAGUUCAUCUACACGGAAGUCGUACACCUGCACUGCGAAGAGCUGCCGGACGUGUACGCCGCCGCCAACGAGAUUCUUCUGUCCAGCCUCACGGACGCCAUCCGGCUCCGGCCCGUCAUCCAGUACUUCCGGCUCGCCGCGGUGAACGAGUACAACCGCGUCGCGCUUCUCAACCUCGCCAAGCAGCUCACCUCGGAGGCCGACUUCAACAACUACGUCAACAAGAACGCCGACUUCCACGACCUGAAGCGGCUCUGCGAGGCCUUCAGUCACGACGGCCCCGUAGAGCAGCGGCCGUACACGCUACUCUUCGAAACUGCGCACGUCGCUUUCCGGGAUCUGCCGCACGUGACCCCGGGCCUCCACGACAUCAACGGACACAUGGUGCUUAUUUUGAAGAAUCCUCGAGAAGGCACGAGAUUGUUCGAGCAGCAUCAGGAGCAGGAUGAGUAUCUCACUUUCAGGAAGAAACUUUCGGACCGGAGAAACGAGAAGCCCCUCGUGCCACUAGACUGGCUGGGACAAUGGCCUCCGCUGGAAAAGACGAGGAACCGUGACAAGGCUUGGAAAGUUAUUUUCUUCAAUUUCCCGGAUCUCCAGCGAGAUAUUCCUCUGAAGAACUACGGCUUUUACAAGCACGUCAGCGCAAUCACUUGUCGCCCUUGGGCACCGGAGGUGUUCAGUCUCAGAAUGGUGGUGGGACUUCUCAUCUGCCCCGUCCUGUACGAUGCGUUGAAGAAAACCUUUCCAGAGCUCGAUAUCAAGGCUUCCAGAGGUGCUGGAUACUACAUGGGAGGCGAGACUCAUGGCAACAGCAUCACUCUCACUGGCCAGCCCAUCUUCUUGCUUCAAGCGUGCAUGGCGUGCCCACGCCAUAUGAUCGGACGCACGGUUUUAAGAGUGUCAUCCCCUUCAGAACGAACGUUUUUGAAACUUUGGACAUCCACAAAUCGCUUCGGUGUGGAUCUAGAGACUAAUGUUCUCUACUUCCUCAAGCCUAUAAUUCAGAUCCAAAAAAUGCUGGAGUUCUGGUUUGGCCUCGAUACGAACGCUUGCUUCGAUGUCCUCACGUCUCGCGAAAUGGUUGAACUUGUGGAACCACACGACCCAUUUUAAAUUCCCAAAAACACAAGGUGCCGAUGCAGUCUUCUUAUAUGGUACGGUACCUUACGAUGCAAAUGAUGACUCGGGAGUACCUCUCUGGGCAUGCGACUGCAAUGUGGGAUGCAACGAAGAAGACCAAGAGACACGAGAAACCCCCACCGUGGCCUGGAGGUUCGAGGAAAACAUCGAAGAGGACAAUUCUUCCAAUGGCCGCCUCUGGAGAUUACUUCACGAUCUCAUCUGCUCACCUGGCCGGCAAGUCGACAUGCCUGCAACUUACCACGAAUUGUUCAGUCAACGCCGGACGAGUCAGAUUAUGAUGCA